AAUGGUAUUAAAUUUAUAUUAUACUUAAUUUAAUCAGCAUAGAUAUAAGAGACUUUUUUGCACUGCAGUGUAAAUUAACAUCUUAUUCCUUUGAAAAUGAUUUUGAGAGGUUGUAUUAUUUGGUUGUUCGGUUUAUUCUCAGUGCUGUUUAACCAGGGACUCGCACAAACAGCUUGUGGUUUCAAUGCUAGAGCUACUACUGAGGCACAAACAAUUCGUUCACCUGCCACUGCAGAUGGACGUUACCGAAACAACGAAAAUUGUGUGUGGACGCUCACCGCUUCACCUGGUUUAUUAGUAAACUUAAAAAUAAUUCAACUACGAACCGAAUCAUGUUGCGAUUAUUUGCAAGUAACGCUUUCGCAACAAACCAUACUUCUUCGUGGCCACAGAUCAAACGUAACUUUCAGAGGGCAAAGGAUAAGAUUGCAAUUUAUAACUGAUGGCUCGUUCAGACGACAAGGGUUUACAGCAACUUACCGAGCUGUGAGCGAGAAUGCUGUUUUAGAGCCAACUACAACACUGGCGCCCGGUGCUCCGUGUGGGUUCAACGCCAACGCCACCAGCGAACUCCAGCCUUUAAAUUCACCUGGUUAUCCCCACAACUAUGGAAACGAUGCCAACUGUACUUGGACGAUAACCGCUCAAGAUGGAUUUCUUGUACAAUUCACUUUCUACGAUUUCCAAACAGAAGGGUGCUGUGACACGUUGCAUGUACGGGACGCAUCCAGGGGUCUUAUUCUAUACCAAGGUUCUGAAGGCAACAGAACAACCACGAGUACCACCAGCGUGAUGAUGUUGAACUUUCUGUCUGAUAACUCAAGAACCGACGUUGGUUUCAGAGGAUUUUUUCAAGAGGUACCAGGUCUACUAAUACUAAAUACGUCAACGACAGCAACACCAGCACGAGAACGUUGUGCUUUCGUCCUUCAAGCUAACGAAACGAUACAGACUUUUGCGUCACGUGGUUACCCUGGUAACUAUAGAGACAACGAACGCUGUACAUGGACUAUAUUAGCACCCGUGGGUCAUUUAAUUAUACUGGAAAUACAAACUCUUUCCACGGAAGAUUGCUGCGACUUUUUAACUAUAUACAAUGGUACAACAAAUAGUAUGAUCGCAGAUCUAUCUGGCGAAAAAAGUUCGUUAAGAUAUGUGAUUGACAGCGGGUAUGCGGAGCUAAGUUUCGUUACUGACGAAAAAAUUAACGCAAGAGGCUUCUUGGCUACGUACUCAAGUAGAUUACGAAACGUUGGGACGACUAGAACCCUUGAGAUCACUACAACACCAAGUGGGACCGGAACAAAGUUAAAAUAUUCUCAUAUUUUUAUCCUCGCUGCACUAAUUUUCGAACUACUUAUAUUUUAUUAAAAACCGUAGCCAUGCAUGUGUAAAUUUGUGGGUGAUUUUUUUAAAUUUAUUUUAUUUUUAUGUAGUCUUUGGCUGACACUUUAGUUUAGACAACCAUAAGAGACCUCUGGGUUGGAGCAAUUGUCCUUAAGUGUUAUGCCAAAAGACACAUAUACGCCCACAAUAGUAGCAACGUCAAGCUCGUAAGCAGUGACGAGGUGUAUAAACCAAAACACCCGUGUUAUAUCGACUGCCGUUGCCGUGCCAUGCUAGCAAGUUACAUUCAUAUCAAAACGUGAUUGCAAUUAUCAAAACGAGUGCAAUUUUCUUCCGAUGACGUAAUGCUCCCAAAUUAAAAGUUGGAAAUUUCGGUAACUGAUUGAUGUCAGUCGUGAGGCUUACUUCCGUUGUAGCAACUCAUGCAUACCAUAUACAAGCAUUUAAAUUCUACACAUAAGUUAAGAUGUUUCAUUUAUGUAAUAACUUGAAAGAUAAGACUAUGCUUAGUUAGAGAUCUCUUUGAAAAUGCAUUUUUGUUUUAACAGUCAUCAAAAUAAAUUGUGUAGACUAUAUUAUCAUUAUAAAAUAACCUAAACGUAUUUGUAGUUUGUUUUUUGGAAAACUCUAGAGUAGAGAUAGAUUAUAUUAUUUGGAACAGCGAAGAGAAAAGGUUAACUGCAAAAAUACAGUUGUUAAAACACGCUAUGGAUAAAACAGUUUGGAAAAGAGCGUCAUGCAGUUUAAAAGCGUGGCUGUUGACCCCAAUAUGUAGUGAACUAACACUGGGUUAAAAUUACAGAAAGAAAAUAGCGUUUUGUUGUAUAAGUUGGAUUUGACACGUAUAUGAGAAAUGUUGUCAACGCGUUUUAUCAUUGCGUUUCUUGGAAUAUCUUUCAUAUUAUUUGACUUAGGGAUUACUUCAAGAGCGUCCGCCGUACCUUGCAUGGACGAAAAUGUUAAUUGUCGUAAACAUUUAUGUGAUGUGUAUAGUAUCAACAUGAGACAGUUGAUUUGCCCUGUGACGUGCGGUACAUGCAGAGACAGGGUACAAACAACUGCGCCACUUCCGUCCGCCGUACCUUGCAUGGACGAAAAUGUUAAUUGUCGUAAACAUUUAUGUGAUGUGUAUAGUAUCAACAUGAGACAGUUGAUUUGCCCUGUGACGUGCGGUACAUGCAGAGACAGGGUACAAACAACUGCGCCACUUCGAUAUUUCACAACUACAGCGUUAAAUACAAGCCCUAUUGCGUUGAAUACGACAACUACAACUCCUAUAACUACUAAAAUCAGCUCAACAACAGCAGCAACAACAACAACAAAUACAUCGUUACUUGGGACGAACAACACCCUUAAGAUCACUACAACACCACGUGGGAGCGGAACAAAGUUAAAAUAUUCUAACAUUAUUAUGUUCGCCGUAAUAAUUCUGAAUUUGCUUUGUUUUAUAUAAAAAAGUAACUCUAUUUGUUUUGCUGAACUUACUAUCGUUGCAUGGCGGGCCAACAACAACAACAACACGGGUGUUCUGUUUCAUACACCUCGUUUCCGCUUAGCCUUACGAGCUACAAUGUAUGUUACUUUUAAGUAUAUUGUAUACUAUAAAUCAUAUAAAAACUUUUUCACAACACUGAACUAAUGUAUGAAUUUAUCGUUAUUUUUAAAAUUUCCAAAGUAUAAUAUAAAUGUAAAGUUACACACAAGGCGACUUUAUUUUGGUUUUGCAAUUUUGUCGGUUUUAAUAAUAAAUUGGAAGAAACACCGCGG